UCCUCCUAUGGUUUUCCGCGUUUCUACCAAAUCUCUCACCCCUUCCUCUUCUUUUUCUCACUCCUCUACUCGAACCCCCGGGUUUCGGCUGGAUCCCAGACUCUGACAGGCGGACACAGAGAGGAGGGGAUGAAGCCUCCGCAGCAGCAGAGGGGCAACGUCGAGGGCGUUCUCCUGAGUCGGAAGCUCUUCUCCUCUCUCCUCAUCGCCCUCAUCGUCUCCCUCGGCCUCGUCUGCCUCUACUAUGGCACCUCCUUCGCCCCCGGCCUCCGCCGCCGCGACCGCCACCCAGCCGACGGCUCCGACCCCGUCUUCCGGAGCUUCAUCGCCGCCACCUCUGACGAGGACGAGGACCUUCCGUCGCUCUCCAGAGAUGCCCCCGGCCUCGUCGUCAAGUCCUUUCCCGUCUGCGGCAUGAGAUUCUCCGAGCUGAUACCUUGCCUGGAUCGGAAUCUCAUCAACCAGCUCAAGCUGAAGGUUAAUUUGAGUCUAAUGGAACACUACGAGCGCCACUGCCCUCCCCCGUCUCGCCGCUACAACUGCCUCAUCCCUCCUCCCGUCGGCUACAGGAAGGCUGUGAUAAGAUGGCCGGCCAGCCGGGAUGCGGUGUGGAAGGUGAACGUCCCCCACACUCACCUUGCCGGUGAGAAGUCCGACCAGAGGUGGAUGGUGGUCAAUGGGGACAAGAUCAACUUCCCUGGCGGCGGGACACAUUUCCACUUCGGGGCUGCCAGGUACAUCGUCCACAUUGCACAGAUGCUCAAGUUCCCAAAUGAUAACCUCAGCAAUGGCGGGAACAUUCGGACUGUCCUUGAUGUCGGUUGUGGGGUUGCGAGCUUCGGUGCAUACCUUCUUUCUCAUAACAUCAUUGCAAUGUCUCUCGCACCCAACGACGUCCACGAGAACCAGAUUCAGUUUGCGCUUGAGAGGGGGAUACCUUCGAUGCUGGGUGUGCUGGGUACCAAACGGCUGCCAUACCCGAGUCGGUCAUUUGAACUAGCACACUGCUCUAGGUGCAGGAUCGAUUGGCUUCAGAGAGAUGGGAUCCUGUUGCUGGAACUGGAUAGGUUGUUGAGGCCUGGGGGUUACUUUGUGUACUCUUCACCAGAGGCUUAUGCUACAGAUGAGAAGAAUAGAAGGAUAUGGAGAGCAAUGGGUGAUCUUGUUCAGAGGAUGUGCUGGAGAAUAGCUUCAAAGAAAAAUCAGACCGUGAUAUGGGUUAAGCCUUUGACUAAUGGGUGCUACUCAAGGAGAGAUCCUGGGACCAUACCUCCUUUGUGUAGCUCCGAUGAUGACCCUGAUGCAGCUUGGAAUGUGCCCAUGGAGGCAUGCAUCACUCCAUACUCUAAGAAGGUGAAUAGAGCAAAAGGCAGUGAGCUGGUUCUGUGGCCACGGAGGCUUACAACACCACCACCUCGGUUGGAGGAACUCAGUAUCAGUCCUGAGAAUUUUAUUGAAGACAAUGAAAUAUGGCAUUGGAGAGUAAUGCAGUAUUGGAAGCAGAUGAAAACUCAGAUAGAGAAGGAUUCUUUUAGAAAUGUAAUGGAUAUGAGGGCAAAUCUUGGUGGAUUUGCAGCAUCCCUUGCAAAUAAAGAUGUGUGGGUCAUGAAUGUUGUUCCUGUCACUGAAUCUGGCAAACUGAAAAUAAUCUAUGAUCGAGGUUUAAUUGGGACUCUUCAUGACUGGUGUGAGUCCUUUUCUACAUACCCACGUACUUAUGAUCUUCUUCAUGCCUGGCUUGUGUUCUCUGAGAUAGAGAAACAAGGUUGUAGUUUGGAGGAUCUUCUCAUUGAGAUGGACCGGAUGCUGCGGCCUUUUGGGUUUGUCAUUAUCAGAGACAAAGUUCCCGUGAUAAAUUAUGUUCGGACAUUCUUGACAGCAUUGAAAUGGGAUCUCUGGUUGUCGGAAGUGGAACCAAAAGUUGAUGCUCUGUCUUCAGGUGAAGAAAGGGUUCUGAUUGUGAGGAAGAAGUUGUGGAAGGAGGAUGAUGAGAUAUUGUAGUGUUUAUGGACAUGGUCAACAUGUUGCUUUCCUUUUUUCCCUUUGUUCUUGUUCAGAGACCGGGUGGGAGGCUAAGUUAUCUGAAGCGCUUUCUUCCUUGUAUAUCUUAUCUUAAGGCUUUCCAGAGACUAGGUAGCUGCCUAGGUUUGAAAAGGGCCUUGCUUUCCCAUGUAUCUUGCAGCCUUAAAGUUUUGUAACCGCCCCUGCAUUGCUCAAGUGUAUAAUAUUCUUUUGCAGCGCUUGUCAACUUCUCAUAAUUAUCUGUAGUAUAGUAAUAUAAUCAAGGUAACAGAAAGUGUUACCAAAGCUCAAUUCCUUGUCUUCCAUUGGUGAUAUUAUAGCAGUUAAAAGUUUAUGUAAUAUUUAUCAUUCAACAAAA